GUUCAUUUCUAACAAGUACCUGGUGAAGCAGCAGAACAGAGACUAUGAUGUGGAGUGGGGAUACGCCUUUGAUGUUCAUUUGAAUGCUUUCUAUCCACUUCUAGUCAUUUUGCAUUUUAUCCAGCUGUUUUUCAUUAACUAUGUCAUCAUAUCUGAUUCAGUCAUUGGGUAUUUUGUUGGGAAUACAUUAUGGCUGAUUGCAAUUGGCUACUACAUCUAUGUGACAUUCCUAGGAUACAGUGCAUUGCCCUUUUUGAAGAACACAGCUAUUCUUUUGUAUCCGUUUGCACUUCUCAUCGUGCUCUAUUUGAUCUCAUUAGCGUGUGGAUGGAACUUCACCAAGAUGCUUUGUUCCUUUUAUAAAUACAGAGUGAAAUAAAACCAGGACUUGAUAUAUCUAACAGGGUUUUUUUUUGUUUUAUCUUAGAUGUCUUGACAGUAAAGAAAAAGUUAAGAACAUUUUGUAAAUGGUUGUAAAUUUCUCUUUAUUGUAGAUAAUUGUAAAAAAGUUUGAAGUGUCCUUUUUUAUUAAAAUAUUUACAACAGUUAA